AUCCAGUCACUCGUGAUGAGACGCCGCUUUUGCCUAGAGCACUUGACGCGAGACUACACGGUGGACCUUUGCCUUUGCCUUGGCAGCCAUCGGCAGAGGAGGUUCGCCAGGUGGAACAGCUGACGAAGGAGACUCACGAUAGGGUGGAGGAGCUCAAGAAGAGGAACCUCUGGGUGGACGUGCUGAAGCUGUGUCGGCAGUGCCUGUCCAAGCAGGAGGCGGUGUUUGGUGAGUGUCACGUGAGCUUGGUGAGGAUGGUGAGGCUAAUGGCGGACGUGCUGGCCUACCUGCAGUCCUUCAACGAGGCCGCCACCUUCGCACAGCGCACUGUCGACGCGAUCGAGAAGAUCUACCACCCCAACAACGCCCAGCUGGGGAUGAUGGUGAUGCGUGCCGGGGUGACUCACUGGCACGCAGGCCUCAUCGACAAGGCCCACGCACACGUGUGUCGCGCCCUGGGCAUCCUCAUGGUCACUCACGGACCCCUGCACCCUAUCACCAGAGACCUGGAGGGCCUGCGCGUCCAGACCGAGAUGGAGCUGCGUCUCUUCCGCGAGAACGAGUUCGCCUACGAGAGGCUCCGUGAGGCUGCCCUGCAGGGCUCCUCCAUGCGCCUCAUGGCCGAGCCUCAAACGGGAGACUUACGGCACAAGUGAUGAUGGCUGUGAUGGCUGUGAUGGCAGUGAUGGCUGUGAUGGCAGUGAUGGCUGUGAUGGCUCGCC